ACACACCUUUUCUUUGAAUUUGAACAGACCUAAAUUAUGGAUAAAGACUCGGAGCCAAGCAGUGUUGUGAUUACUUCUUCAAAUUCUAACAAUGAUGACCUCCAGGAAAAUCAAAGCACAACAUUGUUCGUCGAUUCCUCUACAGAUUCUGGAAACACCAGUCCAAGUAGCAAUUCGGACAACAUGCAGCCUCAAACUCCACCACCCGCCUAUACACUGACCAGUGCAGAUGAUGCUGAAGAAGAUGCAGCACUUCUAGAUCUAAAGAAAGGAGAAAAUAAUCAUAAUGAUGCUGUUCGACAAUCUUCCUCAAAAGACAAUUUUGAGAGUUUUGUACAAAUGGAACACUCAGAAAAAGUUCACAUGUUGCUUGGAGAAUCCAAUUCAAAUGAAAAAAAUGUAGACUCUGUCAACAUAGAACUGGAACGACGAAGAUUGAUCUAUAAAGUCAGCCAGCGACCACCUUUAUCACUUCUCCUCUUCUUUAGCCUGCAGCAAAGUCUGAUUGUUUUACCAUCAAUAGUUAAAGCAACCAUGUUAGUUGCAGAAGUUAUGUGUGCAAGAGAUGAAGAGGAAUUCAAAGUCCAGCUUAUGUCAAUGAGUCUUCUUUUGUCUGGAAUGUGCACAUUUCUACAAAAUAGUAUUGGAUUCAGGAGGGAAUUUAGUCAUCGGGAUGUCAGUCUGUCCAUCCAUCCAUCUGUACAGUACAUGCUGUACAUUCGUCCAUCUGACACUUUCACAGAAUCUUUGUUACAUAGUGCCUUUAGGAACCUCAAAAUUUUACUUUUUGAUGAUCAGAUACUUAUUUCAGAUUUCCCACAGCAAAACAUGGACACUGCCAUUCUUUCUGUAUUAUAUAUACUGAAGGGUAUCCAUCUCUAA